AUGCUCAUUAUCUUAUUGGCGUUGGCAGUACACCUGGUGGCUGCCGAUGCUUCUGGUGUUGACGCCGCCAAUAUCCUCCCACCUAUCACUGCUCGACCUCAACCACAACAAACUACUAUCAGUAAUGGCUCUAUUCCUGAUUACGUGGUGAAAUACGCUCCUUUAGUGUGGCUUCACUCCGAGGAGAAGUAUUUCCCCGGUGAUGUUUGUGAAUAUUGUCAACAUUUUGACAUUUUUGACAAAAAUGAUAAGUCGACGAAAUUUAAUGGAAACAUCGCUGAUUUGGGGAAAUACCACGGCGAUGAAUUCACUAUGGUAGCCACCGAAGAAUGGACCGAGUCCUCAUGGAUUUAUGGUAAUAAACCUGAAAAGGAAGGGUACUGCGAAGCUCCCGCUACGCUCAUUGUCGUCGAUAAAGGAAAUGGCUGGAUCGACGCCUUCUGGUUCUACUUUUACCCAUUUAAUCUAGGUCCUAAAGUCCUUUCCAAAGGUCCUAUCGGUAACCAUUUGGGUGAUUGGGAAUAUACUAUGGUGCGGUUUUACGAUGGCCGACCCCGAGUUACGUGGCUUUCAUGUCAUGAAUCAGGACUGUGGUGGCUCUACCACGAUUUACAACACCAGGAUUCUCGAGCAGUGGUGUACAGUGCUGUUGGCACCCACGCCAACUAUGCCAGUGCUGGAACUCAACAACGCGACCCUACAGGCUCGCUUGUCGAUAUAACCGACAAAGGAACUCUCUGGGACCCUGCAGCCAACUAUUUAGCCUAUACGUUUGACGGGGAAGCCUUCUAUGGUGUUUCCGAACGAGAAUCAGCCUAUGGCAGCUGGCUCACAUUUUCUGGAAGGUGGGGAAACCGCCGCCUCCCUCGGUGGGACCGACGCCAGCGACGCUACGGACCAAAGCUUUGGCGGUACGUGGACGGACCUCAGGGUCCCUUAAUGAAAGGGUUGAUUCGAGUUAGUCCGUCUCACGACGACUACCCUCGUUGGUGGAAGUUCUGGCACAUCUAG